ACACACUGACUCAUGUAAUUUCCUGUACAUGCAGAGGAGGAACUGAAGCUGGAGGUUCAGUCAGUUCAGAUCUCAGACUCCAUUUUGAGUGAACGGAGCAGAAGGAGGGAAACUGGAGGCUGAGGCACAAGGGGAGGAGCAACUGAAAGUGAAAGUGUUCGGAGAUCAGACUCACCUGGAGCAGCAGCAGGAGGGAAACUGACUGAGGCAGACGCUCUGAUUUCACCAGGACGCCAAGAUGGCAGACACGGUCUUCAUCCACAUCCUGGACGAGCUGAGAGACGAUGAGUUCAAGCGCUUCAAGUGGUUCCUGAAGAAAGACACGGUGGACGGCCUCCCGCCCAUCUCAGAGAGCCGGCUGUCGAGGGCGGAGAGGGAGGACACGGUGGAUCUGAUGGAGCAGAAGUAUGGAUCUGCUGGAGCCGUGGAGACCAUGGAGAGAGUUUUAAAAAAGAUCAGCAGGAAUGACCUGGUGAAGAAACUAGCAACUGUCAGCUCAGGAGCAGCAGGUGCUGGUCCAGCAGGGACUCGGGACGUCCCAGCAGGGACUCGGGACGUCCCGGCAUGGACUCGGGACGUCCCAGCAUGGACUCGGGACGUCCCAGCAGGGACUCGGGACGUCUCGGCAGAGGAGAAGCUGAAGUCUGUUCGGACUCAGUUCAUCGAGAGUGUGUCUGAACCUGUUCUUCAUAAGCUGCUGGAUAAACUCCUGGAGCGCAGGGUGGUGACCGAGGGUGAAAUGGAGGCUGUUGCCGUGACACCGGGCAGGAAAGAGAAAGCUCGAGUGGUGAUCGACACGGUGCGGAGAAAAGGACCGGCAGCCAGUUUUGCUCUGAUCGCUGCUCUGCGUGAGGAGGAUCCAUGUCUGUCGUCACGGCUCAACUUCAUGUGAAGCAGAAACUGUGUCUGACACCAACAUCUUCAAUCCUUUCGUUUCUUCUUCAAACUCUCAGACAUGAAUCAGAUUUUCCUGAACUGUCGCGGUCACAUGAUCAACUCCACAGAACACGCUGUGGUAGAGGUUGAAUCAGAUCUCUGCUGCUGUGACUCACUGUGUUUGGACUGUGGCUGCAGUUACUGAAUGUUUCAGGUUUAAGAUCAAUAAAGUUGUUUUCUGUCUCACGUC